UCCCUCCAAAAAAAUACGAGCAAAUUCCGGAAUACUAUGAAGGUCAUAAUUCCUUUGAUGGACCUCCUGUAUCGCAUAAACCAGAUAAGUAUCGUUCAGCAAGAAUCGAUAGAUUAGAAACUAUAGUUGGUAAAGUUGCAGACACAGUAGGUACUGUUGCAGAUUCCAAUAAAGACUUUGCCUUCCGAAUUACUUGCGAACGAAAGUCUCAUGCCAAUCUUAAUGCCAAGCAGUUAAAAGAAAUAGAAUCGCUAAAGUUUAAAAAUAAUUUACUAGAAAGCUCAGUAUCUUCAACACAAAAAGCUUUAUCUUUGAAGAAUUCUGAAAUUACCUCUCUUGAGUCUAGAAUAAAUGAACUGGAAGCUGAGUUAGAACAAAAAGCCUUAUUAGCCGAAGGUGACAAGGCAAGGGAUUCUGAUACUACCCAAUCACUUGAGAUUAGAGUAAAGGGAUUAAAAAAUGAACUGGAGCAAGUUACGCAAGAUUCAUCAUUUAAGGAUGGAUUAAUUUUCUGUCUCAGAUCUAGGGUAAGUAAUUUAGAAGAUGAACUAGAGGCCUUGGGGAGGCGGGAUCAGAUCGCUUCGCACCAGACAUCUCAUGAUUCAAAAAUAGGUAGUGCAGAAGCGGACUCAGCCUCAUCAUCCAACAAUUAUAAGCAUGAUGAAGUAGUAGAAGAG